AUGGCUUCGCAAUUCCAUGAUUCGGAUGAGGAGAUAAGCACCACGCCCCCUGGAUCAACAAAGGAGAACAAGUCACGUAACGCGCGGGCCCAGGCCCGACUACGAGCCCGCCGCAAAGCUUACGUCGAAUCACUCGAGGCGAAUGUUAAGAGGUUGCAAACCAUUGUUGAUGCAGUUGCCUUGAAUCCAAACCGAUUUCAUGCGACUACCAGCGCAGGCACCGCUUCUCCACACCUACUCUCUCCCUUCGGUAGCUCUCCAGAAACCCCCAGUUCGGACCCAUCGACAGUUCUUCAGCAGCCUUCCGAAGCCAGCCUGCAACAGCUGCAGACUGACAACGCUCGACUUCGACGGGAACGAGAUGCACUUAAAGUUCAGAUCGAUGCUUUGACGAGAUACAUAUCCCGUGGUUAUUCUAUUUCUUUCGGCACAAGUUCACCAUAUGGCGAUGCGAGGUCGGCUGGGUUGAGCGUUGAUCGAGGAUUGUCCCCUAAUUUCGGGAGUGAUGUUGAAAUAGAGUCUCGCACUCCAAUGACUGAUUCUCCUCUCAUCCAAAGAGACGCAUACACCCAGGAUGAGCUCAAUCAGCUUUUAUCGUUAAAUGAUCCCGACCUGGCCUUCAUACCGUAUCUUGACUUCCAAGGCUCAGGACCAUUGACUUUACAUGUUCCGCAUUCCACUGCCUCUGGCGAAUCAUCCAGUGCGCAAACGGGAAAUACCGCCAACUUUCCUCAAGGAAACGAUGCAUCAGGAUCAAACUUGAUGUUUCGUGCUCCGGAGCCUUGA